CCUCCCGUCCAGCAUUGGCAGGGGGUGCCGAGAGAGAAAGAGACGCUGCCCAUUGGAAGGGAGGCCUCCCACUUGGGCGCUGGCGAGGGAAUCUCCGGAGGGGCUGCCUUGGCUUUUCCCUCGUGCCCAGAAACCUGCCUUGGAGAGAGGGAUCCCUGACAGUGGGCUCACGGGUCCCAUUCCCCACCCACCCCUCCUCCCUGGAAGGUGGACUCUCCUUCCCCCGUGCCUGCCCAGGCCAGCUGCUGCUGGGGGCUCCAGAAGCGGGACUGCUGCUGCUGCUGCUGCGUUACACCAAGCCAGGCCAUUGGUCCAACUGGAGAGGAGAGGAGAGGGCAGGAAGUUCAUGAGAGGAAGGAGAGAGGGUUGUCCAGAGCAGGUCUUUGCUUCUUGAAACCAGUUUGCCUCUCCCAGGCUUUCAGUUUUAAGUGUCAAUUCCACUGCAUAAAUUCUUUCAGGAUUUGUAUAUACUUUACAUAUGGAUAACCUUUCUAUUAUAAAAUACCUAAAGGCAGCCUUGUUUAGGGAAGUUUUUAAUCUGUGACAUUUGAUGUAUUGUAAUGUUUGUUGGAAGCCGCCCAGAGUGGCAGGAAAGCCCAGCCAGAUGGGCGGGGCAUAAAUAAUAAAUUACUAUUACUAUUAUUAUUAGGCGAUGUCAGAGGGAUUUACAAGCUGAGACACAACCCAUCAGCAUCCAUAGACAGUAAAUGCAUGCACCUUCACAGUCUGGGUGCUUCAAGGGCAAAGACCCGUUAUCAGGGUAGACAAUGCCUGUGACUGGAGGCUUUACACGCAGACAUGCACAUAUGCAAGCCAAGGAUUGCCAGUAUUACAGGCGAGGUGUGUGAGAUGGCCGUAUCUAUAAACACUUUGUGUGAUAGUAAAAGGGAGAGGAUGAACUAUUUAAAAUUUUAAAAGAUGAUGCUGUUAAGGUGCUACAUCCAAUAUGCCAGCAAGUUUGGAAAACUCAGCAAUGGCCAGAGGAUUGGAGAAGAUCAGUCUACAUCCCAAUUCCAAAGAAGGGCAGUGCCAAAGAAUGCUCCAACUACCGCACAAUUGCGCUCAUUUCACACGCUAGCAAGGUUAUGCUUAAAAUUCUACAAGGCAGGCUUAAGCAGUAUGUGGACCGAGAACUCCCAGAAGUGCAAGCUGGAUUUCGAAAGGGCAGAGGAACCAGAGACCAAAUAGCAAACAUGCGCUGGAUUAUGGAGAAAGCUAGAGAGUUCCAGAAAAACGUCUACUUCUGCUUCAUUGACUAUGCAAAAGCCUUUGACUGUGUCGACCACAGCAAACUAUGGCAAGUUCUUAAAGAAAUGGGAGUGCCUGAUCACCUCAUCUGUCUCCUGAGAAAUCUCUAUGUGGGACAAGAAGCUACAGUUAGAACUGGAUAUGGAACAACUGAGUGGUUCAAAAUUGGGAAAGGAGUACGACAAGGUUGUAUAUUGUCUCCCUGCUUAUUUAACUUAUAUGCAGAAUUCAUCAUGCGAAAGGCUGGACUAGAUGAAUCCCAAGCCGGAAUUAAGAUUGCCGGAAGAAAUAUCAACAACCUCAGAUAUGCAGAUGACACAACCUUGAUGGCAGAAAGCGAGGAGGAAUUAAAGAACCUUUUAAUGAGGGUGAAAGAGGAGAGCGCAAAAUAUGGUCUGAAGCUCAACAUCAAAAAAACCAAGAUCAUGGCCACUGGUCCCAUCACCUCCUGGCAAAUAGAAGGGGAAGAAAUGGAGGCAGUGAGAGAUUUCACCUUCUUGGGCUCCUUGAUCACUGCAGAUCAAGGCAGUGGAAGACAGGAGUGCCUGGCGUGCUAUGGUCCAUGGGGUCACAAAGAGUCGGACACGACUAAACGACUAAACAACAACAACAAAAGGGAGAGGAUGGGAUUAUGGUUUAUAGCAAUGCUGUAAUUUUACCCGUAACAUUUCGUGAGGUGAUAUUGCAGUGCAAAUUCCAAAACAGCUAUGCAAAACCUACAAAGAAACUCACAGGUUAAUGUUGGCGUGAGCUUUCCUGGUCCACAACCCACAGCAUUUGCCUGCUGUCCACAAAGGUUUAGGCCAUUAUACGUUGAUUAGCCUCCAAUGGGCCACCAGGUGCUUUAUUGUCUUUUCUUCAAAAGAUGAAUGUUUGUGAAUACUUUUGACAGUCACAUAUGACAUAAACAGCACUUCUCUUUUACUUGUUCCACACAGGAGAGACUCUGAUUCACAAGUCUAAGCAAAUCUCGCAAGAAAAAGAAAAAUAGAGAAACGUGAAGGGGAAAUUGAGAGGAUUUCCUUUCCCCCUACGCUUAAGCAAGCCAUAGAGAAGACAGACAAAGCAAUCUGUACCUUCAUUAGGAAUCACGAAAUCAUUAAAUUUAAAUACAAUGUGAUUCAGUCAGUGAACAUCCUUAGUUCACAUCAAGGAACUGAAAUAGUGACGGCACCAUUUAAAGGCAUGGAUUGUGCAAAGGACGUCAGUAGGAGUGGAACUGCUACACAACAUCAAGGAACUCACAAAGGGGAGAAACCAUUUAAAUGUAUGGAUUGCGGAAAAAGCUUCAGUCAGAAUGAAACCCUUAGAAUACAUCAGCGAACUCACACAGGAGCAAGACCUUUUAAAUGCAUGGAGUGUGGAAAGAGCUUCCUUUUGAGUAAUCACCUUAAUGCACAUCAUCAAACUCACAUUGGUGAGAAACCGUUUAAAUGUAUGGAGUGUGGAAAGAGCUUCCUUUUCAGUAAGCAUCUUAAUGCACAUCAUCAUCGCACUCACACAGGUGAGAAACCAUACAGAUGUAUGGAGUGCGGAAAGGGCUUCAGUGAGAGAGGAGGACUUAAAAGACACCAGCGAACUCACACAGGGACAAAACCUUUUAAAUGCAUGGAGUGUUGGAGGAGCUUCAGUCAGAGUGGAGACCUUAAAAACCAUCAACGAACUCACACAGGGCAGAAUCCAUUUAAAUGCAUAGAGUGUGGAAAGAGCUUCAAUCGUAGUGGAAACCUUAGAAGACAUAACCUAACUCACACAGGGGAAAAGUCAUUUAAAUGUAUGGUGUGUGGAAAGACCUUCCGUGAAAGGGCAAAACUUAACAUACACCUACGAACUCACACAGGGGAAAAACCAUUUGAAUGCAUGGAGUGUGGAACAUGCUUCCGUCAUAGAGAAUCACUAAGACUGCAUCAAUAUACUCAUACAGGAGAUAAACCAUAUAAAUGUUUUGAGUGUGGAAAAUGCUUCAUUCAGAGUGGAAGCCUUAAUGUACAUCUACAAACUCACACAGGGGAGAAACCAUUUAAAUGCAUGGAGUGUGGAAAAUGCUUCAUUCAGAGUGGAAGCCUUAAUGUACAUCUACAAACUCACACAAGGGAGAAACCUUUUAAAUGCGUGGAUUGUGGAAAGAGAUUCACUAAUAGCGGAACGCUUAGAAGACACCAGCAAACUCACACGGGGAAAAAAAAUUAAAUGUAUGUUUGGUUGCAGAAUAAGUCCAGGCACAUCUGGAGGAUGUGGACCAUUUGGACUGCAUUUGUUCCAGUUGGGUUUCACGCCCUGCCAUCAGACUCAGACCGCCUUGUUGGCGCUCGUUGAUUAUCUCUGGACAGAGGUAAAACCUGUUUCCUGGUUCUGCUGGAUCUCUCAGUAGAUUUUAAUGCCAUUGACCACAGUAUCCGGUUAGCUAUUUGUGAGAAAAAUAUCUGCCUUACCCAAUUCGUUGAAAAUAAAUCUUUACUUGUCAGGCUGGUUAACAGUCGAACCACAAGUAUUAUUUACAAACUCCAGUCAUCAUGUACACGAACUCUCCUGGGGAAUAACAUUUAAAUCAUAGAAUCUUCAAAUUAUUGAUUUGGAAGGACCCCCACAGGUUACCAAUACCUAGUCCAACCCCUGGCAAUACAGGAAUCCCAACUAAAGCAUCCAUGCUGUUCUUCCUGCUAUAAAAUUCUUUCUGAUGUUUAGUCAGUAUCUCCUUUCUUGUAAAUUCAAGCCAUGGAUGUAAGUCCUACUGUCCAGAGCAGGAGAAAGCAAGCUUGCUCCCUCUUCCAUGUGACAGCCCUCCAGAUAUUUCAUGGAAUCAUAAAAUCAUAGAGACACAGCCUUUGAAGUGAAAGGAGUGGGGAAAGUCCUUCACUUAUAAUAGUGUGCUUAGGAAUUGUUGUUGUUGUUGUUGUUGUUGUUGUUGUUGUUGUGUUGUUUAGUCGUGUCUGACUCUCCGUGACCCCAUGGACCAGAGCACGCCAGGCACUCCUGUCUUCCACUGCCUCCCACAGUUUGGUCAAACUCAUGUUCGUAGCUUCGAGAACACUGUCCAACCAUCUCAUCCUCUGUCGUCCCCUUCUCCUAGUGCCCUCAAUCUUUCCCAACAUCAGGGUCUUUUCCAGGGAGUCUUCUCUUCUCAUGAGGUGGCCAAAGUAUUGGAGCCUCAGCUUCAGGAUCUGUCCUUCCAGUGAGCACUCAGGGCUGAUUUCCUUAAGAAUGGAUAGGUUUGAUCUUCUUGCAGUCCAUGGGACUCUCAAGAGUCUCCUCCAGCACCAUAAUUCAAAAGCAUCAAUUUUUCGGCGAUCAGCCUUCUUUAUGGUCCAGCUCUC